AAACUCGUGAGGUAACUGUUCGCAGUUCAGCGUUUCGUUUAGUCGUGGAAACAGUGCCAACAGUGCCUCAUCUGGCACUCUGGAAGGAAUUCAUACGCCAUAUUUUGUCAAGAACUCACAAUUCCUUACAUAAACUUUUGUGAUUGAAAUUACAUAGAGGAAUAGUGUAGCGUUCGGUACCAGUUGAAGAACAAACGAAAAUCUAAUUCCACAGUUCAGUUUAUAAUUAACUUUUUGUUUGAUAACUCCGGAAGGAGUUAAAAUGCAUCAUUUAGACGUUAAAAAAUAGAUGGAAAAAAGUGAAAAAAAACAUAUAUCCGUAAAGUGAGCACGAACAAGAAGGAACAAAAUCCAAAGAGAAAGAAUUUUACAAAGUGUGAUCAUAAAGUUUAAAAUCACCUGCUGUUCAGCCGUGGUUUCUCGAACAAGAAAACAAGAGGAGCAGCAUUAAGAAAGAAAGAAAGAAAGAAAGAAAAAAUGGCGACGAAAACGAAAACAAUAGCGUCCUUUUGGUUAUUCACUUUGUUGCUGAUCAAAGUAUCGAUAAGCCCUUCGGCCUCUGAGGAACCAGUGGUCCUCUGGGACAACGAGCCAUUGGAGACGAUUCCUGACGCAGACGUUGGCGCUGGGACUGACGCAGACGUUGGCACUGACGCUGACGCUGGCGCUGGGGCUGAUGCUGGCGCAGACGCUGACGCAGAGGACACCAGCGACACCCCGAUCGAGUUCCUCGACGUCACGGAUCUGAGGGACGGUCUGAAUGACUGGAACUUCCUCGGAAUGUGGUCCAAGUACGACCUCAGCGACCUUCAGGAGGAGCACAAGCUCGUGCCCGAGAAUCCUGAGAGGGACGAUCAGGCUGUGUUGAUUUGCCACACUAUACCGAUGGGCAGCGUCCUGGAAAAGAAGUUUCCAGCCCUGGAGAACGGCUCGCUGAUCCUGAGCUAUUACAUCGCGGCCAAGGCGAACUUCAGUAUGCUCGGUCAGGCGAUAGAUUUAGCCAUCGACAAGACGCAAGAAAUCUUCAACUACUCGUUCCCCCACGACCUGGCAGAGCACAAUAACACCUGGGUCAUGGAAAGUUUCAAGCUGCUAAAUUUUUCGAAUGAAUUUAAGGUGAAAUUUACCUUAGUUGGGGAUGCCAACGGGCUGUGGGCGACGGACGAAAUCGAAGUGCGGGGAUUCAAGCCUAAAUCAUCUCCCAUUGUUAUCCCCGGGUUACCUGAGCCCGGAGACAACUCCACUGACAUUGUGGUACCUGGCAUUCACCCGACUCAUCCCACCGGCGUCGAGGGCAACGUCACUGUCGACGUCGACGCAACGACAGAGGGGAGUAAUAUCAACUCAGGCAACGAGACAUCGAGUAAUGGAACGGACGCCGGCGUUAAUGGGACCGGCACCAAUGUCAAUGGGACAGAUAAUGGUGACAACACCACCGACGGGCCGGACAAAGCGGUUCCAGGUCCUUCGGCGUUUGAAGACAGCAAUGUUACAGCAAUACCCUCAAGUCAUCUAACGGAAGCUUCACCAAGUAAUGUAUCUCAAGAAACUAACGUCACAGUGGUUCCUGGAACUCACUGGAACGAACACCCCGAGCUCAAUGUGACAAACGCCCCUCAAGGUGACGUUUCAGGACCACCCGAAACAAACGUGACACAUGGUCCAGGGGUACACGUUUGGGGUGAAGUGCCCCAUCCAAACGGGACAAAAGAACCUGCAGCAAAUGUUUCAGUGCUUCCUCCAAAUAUCCCAGGAAAACCUCCAAAUGGAGCCCCUGAAGACCCACAUUCAGGAUACCCAAGUGGCAUUUCUGACACCUCGUCAUUUGAAGAGAAUGUCAACAAGCUGGCAGGAGUGGCGCAGGCAAUCUGGGACGCCUUCUACGUCUUUCUGGCCCUCUUCUGCGCCUGCCUCGUGGCCAUCGUGGGUCUGAUUGUCAGAGGACGUUGCAAUUCCGCUUCAGGGACGGGGACAGCCCCCCUGCAGCUGUCGCCACCUACAACCCCAGGACAGCGUCCUAUCGCCUCGACAAGGUCUACGACAACCCCAGCUACGACACCAACGCAGUAUGAGAGGAGCGUCUAAUAAUCCUACGCGGACUAAUAUCCAGUUGAUCGCCUGAAGGAACUGGAGGAACUCCUCCUUCUUCUUCCUCCUUCGUUCAUUCAAGGAAGGAUUGUAUUUUUUCACAUAGGAGCUUUCAUAGGAUGUUUAUGACACGUUAAGGAACGCAAGGAACUCUUUCUUCCUUCGUCGUUUAUUAAUGGAAGCCUUGCAUUUUUCAUAGGAUUAUUUUUAGUCGAUUGUUUCACUUUUUUUUUUUUUUUUUUUUUUGCGCAAGGCUAAAAUGUUAUAUACACUUGUUUUUGCAUUAUGUUAAGAGAACUUAGCUACCCCUUUUUUUGUGCCAUAAAACCGGUUGUUCCUACAAAAUUCUCACCUUUAAAAAGAGCUUCUAUGAAAUUUAAACAGGAACUGUGACUGGAACAUUUACCGGGCUCUAAAUACAAAAGCAAAUGGAACACAUUCUUUUAAUGCUGCAAAAUGUUUGAUGUGGUGUUCUUGUAUGAAAUUAACAUGAGACUUCGAAACUGCAUAUGCAGGUUUUCCCACAUAAUAUGCUGGUUCCAGUAACUACGUGGAGAUAGGACGAACGAGAAUCUAUUCGCUUUUGAAUAAUCGCAUAGCAAAGAUUUUAGUUGACUCUCUUAAUGGCAGUUCUUGAGCUGUCAUUAUGGAAAGCACGAGAGACCACCUUCCAAAACAUUACAUCAAUGAGACACCACAGCUGAUCACAAGCACAAUACGGGUGCAAUUUGCAGCAUGCGCAAGCAAACGCACAUUCAAGCAUAAGGCCAUAGGCAACAAAAGGAACUAUUAUUUGGGGGAAAAUUUGAUGAAAAUAAAUACAGCAUAAAACUGUCAGUAAAAAGUAUCCUUUAUUCAACAUACACACACAUACAAGCACACA